GAGCCUCCACAGAUGCCCCCAACAAGGACGAGCAAGGUGAGAGAACAAGCGGUCAGGCCUGGCCAGAGUCUUGGGCUGGCCAGGGUACUUGGCAAGAUUGGGGAUACAAUGGCUGGAGUGAUUGGUCUUGGGGUGGUGGGUGGAGUGCCUGGGAUUGGGGUCCGAAGCACCUGCCUGAGGAUCCGAACCAUGAUUGGCGUCGGGGUCAUAGCUUCGACUCCUCCGCUGAGGACCCGGGAUCUUAUCGGAAAACCUGGUCUUAUGAAUCCAUAGGCUCCGGAUCUGGGCUCCGGAAAGCAAGCAGCUUGGAUUCCGGGAUGCUGGCUGCAUUCCGCAGGCUUGACACUGUGGACAGAACAGCCGACAGGAACUUGCAGUCAUUGGCUGUGAACUUAGACAAGAAGUUUGCAGAGGCAGACUCCCCGGACAAGCCCAAGAUCCCGACACCUUCAACAACCACGCCCCAAAGCUCUCCGCCGUCUUCAAACAACCUCCCCAGACAAGAUUCCGAGAAAAACUCAGUGUUAUUCGAAGCCUGGUUGAAUUGCGGUGGCAACUGGAGCAAGAGCCAGCUGUACAUCAACUGCAAGACAAAGAAUAGCACGAAACGGAAAGGAGUUCGCAAAUGGAUGACGCGACAAGACAUCGAGAACAAGUUCGGUGCCGCCAAUGCCGAGGCUAUAAUCUUGCGCAAACUCGGCGACGACAAAAUCCGCGAGUUGGAGGUCAAGAAACAUCCGGAUCUCCCAGAUUCGGUUGACAUGAUGCAGUUCCUCAUUUUCGAUUCUGAGGAAGAGAUUGAACAGGAGGAGGAGGUAAUGGAGAUGCUUUACAAGCUUGCGGAAGGCAGCGACUCCAGCGAGUCCGCGACAUCGAAUGACAGCAGCAGCGCAGACAAAAAGAAGAAGAAGAAGAAAUCUAAGCAGCCAAAGAAGGCCAACACACAAAUCCUGGAUUUACCUCUUGAGAAGAAAGAACGAGGCAAGCCAAAGAAGUCCAAAAAAAACAAGAAAAGCAAGGAGGCUAAAGAUGACAAGCAAACCGUGAUUGGGAAGGCCGGCAACAAGAUUCGGGAGAAGGAAGCUGAGCAGCAGCUGAUACAUUCGAGAGCGGAGCUUCAAGCCGCUUUGGACACCAAGGAAUCCCAGGAGACCAUCGAGCGUCUUACGACUAAUCUGACGACGUCUAUCGAUGGUUUCGAUACCGCUGCAACAGUGAUCAAGGGCCAGGUCAAGCCAAAGGCUAAGGCUCUUGUCAUUGCUCAAAGGUUUCACAGCUGCGAUGCAGUUGCUGCGACAGUGGCCGAGAAAAGUGAUGAUGAAGAAGGGGGUCACAAUGCUACAGUGCAGGAGUUGCUGGAAAGGCAUUGGAUGCUUUUCGAUUUCCUGGUACAACCAUUUCAGGACCCUGUGAUGAUCAAGCUUCCUGUCAAGCUGGAAAACGAUGAUCCAAAGCAAGAGGAGAAGCAGGGCUACAUGGAGAUUCCAUUUUUGGAUCCACAUGAUAUUCUGCACUAUGUGCACUCCGAACUUCAGCUGACGGUUGAGCCUGAGUCUGUGCGUAGUUACUGGCGACGAGCUGCUGAGACAGGUGUUGGCUGGGCAACCCAGCAGCAAAACUAUGAUGCAAUUCCUGUGGGGGUUUAUGCCGAUGAAACCAAAUAUGGGCUGCAUGAAUCACAAGAAAAAAUUCUAGCAGUUUUCGUGAAUUUGGUAUUGUUUCGGCCCCAGAAUAUUCGCUUGAGUCGUUUCUUGGUUUGUACGAUCCGCUCCAAAUUCUUAUUGCCUGGUACCGCGACAUUGAAUCCGAUCCUUCAUCGGAUUGUAUGGUCCAUGGGGUGGGCCAGCAAAGGAAUCUUCCCCACGACGGGUUUCAUGGGAGGGGCGUUACCGGCUAGCCAAGCGAACAGGGCAGGACAAUCACUGGGUGCAGAAUUUUAUGUUACCGAGCUUCGUGGCGAUUUGGCUUGGCACAAAUUGGCUUGGGGCUUUGGGGAUGGUUGGCAGUCGACAAACAUGUGUUUUUUCUGCGAAGCCACGGCCACGGGUCGCAGAAAAGAUUUAUUCUUCGAGCACAUUGGAGAUGCAGCACCGUGGCGAAGCACAAUUUUUCGAGACACUUUGGAUUGGAUGACAGCCAAGCUGGAUCUAAACAAGCUCUGCCCUUUCAUUUUGCUCCCGAACUUUCACAUCGACGUUAUUAGGACAUGUUCUAUGCACAAUGUGAACCUCGGCCUCUUGUUCACCGCGAAUGGAAGCAGCCUGCUCUGUGGUAUGAAGUAG